AUGCUUCUGCCCUGCGCUCUGGUGGCCGCUCUCCUGGCUGCUGGCCACGCAGCCAACCCUUGCUGUUCAAACCCCUGUCAGAACAGAGGAGUAUGCAUGACAACAGGAUUUGAUCAGUAUGAAUGCGACUGUACGCGGACAGGAUAUUAUGGAGAAAACUGUACAACACCGGAGUUUUUCACAUGGCUGAGGCUGACAUUGAAACCUUCGCCGAAUACUGUCCACUACAUCCUCACCCACUUUGAAGCAGCCUGGAGUAUCAUCAACAAUAUUCCCUUCUUACGAGAUGCUAUUAUGAGAUAUGUAUUAAUGUCAAGAUCACACUUGAUUGACAGCCCACCAACUUACAAUAGUGAUUAUAGUUACAAAAGCUGGGAAGCUUAUUCCAAUCUUUCCUAUUAUACAAGAAGCCUUCCACCAGUAGGACUUGACUGCCCAACACCGAUGGGUGUUAAAGGUAAGAAAGAGCUCCCAGAUUCCAAGCUGAUUGUGGAGAAGUUUUUGCUAAGGAAAAAAUUUAUUCCUGACCCACAAGGCACAAAUGUGAUGUUCACAUUCUUUGCCCAACACUUCACUCAUCAGUUCUUUAAGACGGACCACAAGAAAGGACCUGGCUUCACCAAAGCUCUCGGCCAUGGGGUUGACUUGAACCAUAUUUACGGAGAGACUUUGGAGAGACAACUUAAACUGAGACUUCUAAAGGAUGGAAAGCUAAAAUACCAGAUGAUCGAUGGAGAAAUGUAUCCACCAACAGUGAAGGACACUCAGGCAGAUAUGAUCUACCCUCCUCAUGUACCUGAACACCUGCAGUUUUCUGUUGGGCAGGAGGUGUUCGGUUUGGUCCCAGGCUUGAUGAUGUAUGCUACAAUAUGGCUGAGGGAACACAACCGGGUCUGUGACAUCCUGAAACAGGAGCAUCCAGAGUGGGAUGAUGAGCAGCUGUUCCAAACUAGUAGGCUCAUAUUGAUAGGAGAGACAAUCAAGAUAGUUAUUGAGGACUAUGUGCAGCACUUGAGUGGCUACCACUUCAAACUCAAGUUCGAUCCUGAGCUGCUGUUCAGCCAGCGAUUUCAAUACCAGAACAGAAUUGCAGCUGAAUUCAAUACUCUUUACCACUGGCACCCACUUCUGCCUGACACUUUCCAGAUACAUGACCAGGAGUACACUUUCCAGCAGUUCCUCUACAACAACUCUAUAAUGCUGGAACAUGGCCUUUCCCAUAUGGUGAAGUCUUUCUCCAAGCAAAGUGCUGGCAGGGUCGCUGGUGGGAAAAACUUUCCUGCUGCAGUACAGAAAGUAGCAAAGGCUUCAAUUGACCAAAGCAGACAAAUGAGAUACCAGUCCUUGAAUGAAUACAGGAAACGCUUCAUGUUGAAACCAUUCAAAUCAUUUGAAGAACUUACAGGAGAAAAAGAAAUGGCAGCUGAACUGGAAGAGCUUUAUGGCGACAUUGAUGCUAUGGAGCUGUACCCAGGCCUUCUUGUAGAAAAGCCACGACCAGGUGCAAUCUUUGGUGAAACAAUGGUGGAGAUUGGAGCACCAUUCUCUCUGAAAGGACUGAUGGGAAAUGCUAUCUGCUCCCCUGAGUACUGGAAGCCUAGCACCUUUGGUGGAAAAGUGGGCUUUGAAAUAAUCAAUACUGCCUCCUUACAGAAGCUCAUCUGCAACAACGUGAAAGGCUGUCCUUUCACUGCUUUCCACAUCUUAAAUCCAGAACCCACAGAGGCAACUAUUAAUGUUAGUACCUCAAAAACAGCAAUGGAAGAUAUCAACCCCACACUACUACUGAAAGAGCGAUCUGCUGAGUUGUAAAAAUCCAUCUAUUUAUUUAACUAUAUAAUUUAUUCUAUUUAUGGCUUAAAGUGUUUAAAAACAAAAAAAACUUGAGCAUCUUCUUUGUGGGGGUUGCCCUAGAUUCCUUACUCAAGUAAGGCUUCCAUUUAAGAAAGGGAUUUUCUGUGUUGGAGCUCUACAGUGGUGAAUCCCUUGUUUAAAAUCUUCUGUAACAGAACUAUGUAUUCCAAAGUGGACAGAAGUUCCAACUUUUUUUAAUGUUGUUUUAAUACUUGACAAAGGGUGUUGGUGGGUUUUUGUCUUUUCACUUGAUAGGUCACAUAACACUACAAAAUUGGUUAUUGCCUCAGCAACUUCUUAAACUUGAAAGCAGACCAUUGAACUAAAAGUACAAGAAAAAUUUGACGUAAUGAAAACUGCCAGAAAAGA